GUGCGUUUCAUGGUGGUUUCACGCAUCCAGAGCCUGUACGUCCUCAGGGCUGCUCUUUCCUCCUCCAUGAUGGCGGGAAGCUCGGUGAAUGAUGCUGAAUGAAGUAUCCCGGAAGGUGUGAGGAAGGUGCUGCGCGGUCAGAGACGUAGCUGCAUGAGCUCUAGGAGGAUUCUGUGUGAGUUGCUCAGUGAGCAGUGCAUUGUGGGAAAUGUAGUCUUGACUGCUGUUGCCCCGUUGCAUGAUGGGAGCUGUAACCCUUUCCUUUGCUGUGGGUUACUGGAGUGACACAUAGUGUGAGAAACCAGCAUUGUUCGUGUCUGAGAUUGUUGGCAAUACGUGAUAUUACUCGGUCUCCUUGUGGAUAAUGUGUCCCUGCAGGAAGCAUGCUGUGUAUGGAUAGAUUGCUUGUAGGGGGGCUUCUUCCAGUUGGUGCUGCUUGCUCACAGGGGUAGACUUUGUUCUUCAUGCUGUGGGUGCCAAGGUUGUGUCAGCAUUACUUUUGUAGUCACAGUCUAGUCCUGUCAUUGUCUGACACAGUGGGAGGGACCUGGGUCCUGUCACUGUGUGAGACAGCCUGAGGGACCUGGGUCCUGUCACUGUGUGAGACAGCCUGAGGGACCUGGGUCCUGUCACUGUGUGAGACAGCCUGAGGGACCUGGGUCCCGCCACUGUGUGUGACAGCCUGAGGGACCUGGGUCCCGUCACUGUGUGAGACAGGCGGAGGGACCUGGGUCCCGCCACUGUGUGAGACAGCCUGAGGGACCUGGGUCCUGCCACUGUGUGAGACAGCCUGAGGGACCUGGGUCCUGCCACUGUGUGAGACAGCCUGAGGGACCUGGGUCCCGCCACUGUGUGAGACAGCCUGAGGGACCUCGGUCCCGCCACUGUGUGAGACAGCCUGAGGGACCUGGGUCCCGCCACUGUGUGAGACAGCCUGAGGGACCUGGGUCCCGCCACUGUGUGAGACAGCCUGAGGGACCUGGGUCCCGUCCACUGUGUGAGACAGCCUGAGGGACCUGGGUCCCGCCACUGUGUGAGACAGCCUGAGGGACCUUGGUCCCGUCACUGUGUGAGACAGCGGAGGGACCUGGGUCCCGCCACUGUGUGAGACAGCCUGAGGGACCUGGGUCCCGCCACUGUGUGAGACAGCCUGAGGGACCUGGGUCCCGCCACUGUGUGAGACAGCCUGAGGGACCUGGGUCCCGCCACUGUGUGAGACAGCCUGAGGGACCUGGGUCCCGCCACUGUGUGAGACAGCCUGAGGGACCUGGGUCCCGCCACUGUGUGAGACAGCCUGAGGGACCCGGGUCCCGCCACUGUGUGAGACAGCCUGAGGGACCCGGGUCCCGCCACUGUGUGAGACAGCCUGAGGGACCCGGGUCCCGCCACUGUGUGAGACAGCCUGAGGGACCCGGGUCCUGUGUGAGACAGCCUGACUGUGUGAGACAGCCUGAGGGACCCCCGCCACUGUGUGAGACAGCCUGAGGGACCUGGGUCCCGCCACUGUGUGAGACAGCCUGAGGGACCCGGGUCCCGCCACUGUGUGAGACAGCCUGAGGGACCCGGGUCCCGCCACUGUUGAGACAGCCUGAGGGACCCGGGUCCUGCCACUGUGUGAGACAGCCUGAGGGACCCGGGUCCUGCCACUGUGUGAGACAGCCUGAGGGGCCCGGGUCCUGCCACUGUGUGAGAGAGGCGGAGGGGCCCGGGUCCUGCCACUGUGUGAGAGAGGCGGAGGGGCCCGGGUCCUGUCACUGUGUGAGACAGGCGGAGGGGCCCGGGUCCUGUCACUGUGUGAGACAGGCGCAGGGGCCCGGGUCCUGUCACUGUGUGAGACAGGCGCAGGGGCCCGGGUCCUGUCACUGUGUGAGACAGGCGCAGGGGCCCGGGUCCUGUCACUGUGUGAGACAGGCGCAGGGACCUGAGACAGACAGCACCAAGGGACAUGACUCAUGUUACUGUGGGUGGCAGUCUGAGGGAGGUGGGCUGUUGCUGGAUGCAGUACACAGCACAGGGUUUUGUUGCUGCUUGAGGCCUUCUGAAGGACUUUGUUCUUGAGAGAAGUAGGGUGCUUUUGCAUUUGAAGGCAAAUAUGAGAGUCUGCGUAUAGGCAAUCAGAAUGGUAAUAGGAGGUGUGGCCCCUUAUUUAACCACACAUGAUGCGAUACAUUGUCCUGUCAUAAAUGAUGAAUACUGUAAAAAACAAAACAAAAAAAAAACUCGUCAAUCUGGGUGAUAAGUGAUAUGGUCCUUUUUACUAUGGAUGGUGAGAGACAUGGCCCUAUUACAAUGAGUUCAUGCUUGUAAAUGUAAACCUUUUACACUGAAUAAAUGCUGAGGAUUUAUGUUGUUUUGGUGACCAAUUUUACCCUUUUCCUAAAGGUAUUUAUGGUAGAUUCAUAAGUCUAGUUGAAUAUGAAAGAGAAUGCACACAAGAAACCAAAAAUAAAUCUCUAUCUUGGUUUAAUAAAUCAACACUUGGUUUAGACACAUAUAUUACAACAAUAAGUGAUAACUUAUAUUACAACAAUAAGUGAUAUAUGUGUCUAAACAAAGUGUUGAUUUAUUUUUGGUUACUGGUGUGCAUUCUCUUUCAUAUUCAACUAUUGUUUGUUUUGGUAUUUGAGGGGAUACCGGUGAUGAAUAGCACCCAUGUGUAUAUCAAAUGGUACUAAUAAAUAGUUUCUCCAUACCUUGUUUAUUAUAGAUUCUUAAGUCUAGCAAUGACUUUCAUGCAUUCUGUUAAGACACAUUUCCAAUCAGUGAAUGGAAUUACUGGUGACUAUAUACUGAAUGCUAUCUGAGAAACUGGUUCCUGUCAAUCGAAUGGCUGUCCUGCAUUCAGGAUGUAAGCUCAUAGACAUAUCCAUGCUAAUCUUGUGUAUUUAUGAAUGAGACUUUUGAGUUUGCUGAAAGAUAUCACACUCCUAUCAUUCAUAGUUCACAAUUCCAUCACACUCUUUUACUAUUUAGAAAUGCAGUAGUGGCUGAUAUGUAUUAGCACAAUGUUCCUUCUACAGACUGGCUGCCCAAGGACACUGCCAUCAGACCUUUGUCCAGUACCUGAUGAAUUGCACUUAAUAUGGCAUACAGUGAUCCCAGAGGUAGGUGCACCGCCAUGGGAAUUAUGUCUGGGAAGCAUGGUUUCCAGCUCCAGUCCAACUAUCCAGAUAUUUAAUCAGUGCAAUUUAUUACAUACAAAUAAACAACUCUUUUGUUAGGACAGGUUGAUCAUUGGACAAACAAGACUGACUGAUCCAUGUGUGCUUGCCAUGUUAACAUUGAUAGAGAGAAUAAGCUGCACCACGCAAUCAAUUCAUAUUAAAAUAAACUACUAAUAAAAAUAGGUUACUGUAAAACCUUAGAUAAAACAUCAUUAAAUGAACAGUCCAAGCACAAUAAUCUCUACAGACUACUGUAGUUGUUAUGGUGCCAGAAGUGCCCUGACACCUCUCCAAUGUAAUAGGAGAAAUAGGUAAAUUAUCAAAUGGUUGGAUUACUUAUCUGGGUUCUGCCAGGCAAUUCACCCUUCACCAUUGCAGCUGGAAACUCUGAGCUAGCCCAGUUGUGCAGAGAUUAUAUGAAGGGCUGAAAGCAAUCAGCAAUUGUUUUUCUUUCAACUGUAGAUUGUUUAUGAUGAUCAGUGGUUAAUGCCCUAAAAUUAUGUGUCUGUGUCUUUUAUCUCACCUCUUGGCCAGCAUCUGAGGGUUUGGACACAGAGCGUGGGAUGGAGGAUGUGGGCUUGGCAGCCGGCAGGACCCAGCGGGAGAAGAAGCGAUCGUACAAAGACCUUCUGCGUGAAGAAGAGGAGAUUGCUGAAGAAGUUCGAAAGUCAUCAAAGAAAAGGCCCAAGGUUGGAGGGUGUGGGAUAUUUGAUGUCUUUUUCACAUUGGAUCAAUGCCUUUUGUAACUUGUUCAAAUGUUAAGUCUAGUUCACAAAUACAAUCUGUAUUUUCACUAGAAGUAAUUUAAGAAUGGAGGGGAAAAAAAAGACUGGUCAAUAUAUCUUGUAGAUGUUUGUAGAUCACAAAUCAUUUUAUGUGCCCACAGCAUGUCAGAUUAGUUCUCUUUCAUCUUAAACUUAAGAUGUAUUGACCAGUCCUUUUUUUUAAAUUACUUCUAGUGAAAAUAUUAUUUUUCUCAAGUUGAAAUCUGUCCAACUUUUUAUGAAUUUCAACUAAAACCAUAAUAAACUUUUUAGAAAAAUAAUUUUUUGUUAUCUGAAUAAACUAUUUGUUUUGAUUAACAAACCCUGUUACAUAAGUUAUUUCAGAUAUGUCAUGGUUGUGUUUGUAGGAAUCUGACUUUUCCUUUCUUGGAUCGGAGUCCCACAAGAAGAAAAAGAAGCAUUUUUCAGAGGAUGCAUUUUAUGCAGGUGGGACAAAUUGCUUUCUUUUUCCGAUAUUACUGCUCAUUAACCAGUUCAGUUUGUUGUAUAUCCCACUUGUCUUGCUCUAAAUUAACAUUUACCGUUCACAGGCUUUUCUCACUGUGUUUUGCUUCUUUCUAUAACAUUGCAACAUAAAUGCAAUUCAUCUUGAGACUAUUGCAUUUAAAACUGUACUAAGUCUUCUGUACAGUUUUUGUUACAGUAUUUUGCUCCUUUAUAUUGAUUCCAUUUUAUUUAACUUCAAUAAACGAAUGCAUUUUUCUUGCUUUCAAUCUGUUUCUCCAUUGGUUACACCUGUGUAUUUUAGAUUUGUCUUCUGCAGACAUAAAGAAGAAGAAAAAGCCACUACCUCCCAACCCAUCUUCUCCUUCUGAUACAGCAAUGGAUCUUCUGAAAGCCAUCACCUCUCCACUGGCUUCUUCCAGCAAACUUCCUUGCAAGAAAGCAGAGAAAAUAAUUGCAUCCCCUGUCAGUUUUCCCUCUGGCUCCCAAAUACCACGCAAAGAGCAUCGCAAAAAAUCAGAGGAGGUUCCCACAGAGGAUCCUAGCCAUCAAGCAAAAAAGCCCAAACCUCUGACUUUACGAGAGCCAGAUGGACUGAGAAUGAAACUCAUUCUUUCUCCCAAAGAAAAGACAGAGGAACAUAUUAUCUCUCCACAGGCAAGCCCUGUGCUCAGUGAAGGGACAAGUGCUAAGAAAAGUAUUAAAAAACUACAAAAGGAAGAAACAGAGAGCCGAAGUAGCCACAAGAAACAUAAGAAGGAAAGCCAUACACCACGAUCUAGUGGUACACCUGAUUCAGCUUCUUCUGGUGGGGAUAUAGAGGGUGGGGAAUUGGUGAUUGAUGACUCAUUUCGGGAGGUGAAGAAAAAAAAGAAAUCUAAAAAAAGCAAGAAGAAGAAAGACAAACAUAAGGAUGACAAACAUAAGGAUGACAAGCACAGGAAGCACAGCAAAAGCAAGAGGGAACAUGGUGCUGAUGGGAGUCCAACACAGAUUCUACCACAAACACUAGCCUUGCCACCUGCUCCUACCACUGUAUCGCCACCACCUGCACCUCUGUCAGCACCUACCAUCAGCAACCCAGAGGUACCAUUGGACAAAAAGAAGAAGAAAGAGGAGUCAGAUAAGGUGAGUUCCCCCACUACAGUGUGCCCCCCUAAAGUACUUAAUGGAUUAAACUAUGUUGUGUAUUGCUUUCAAGACCAUGGCAGGAAGAAAUGGUUACGAGAUAUUAUGUCCAUCCAAAGUUAACAAUGUUCCCUAGAAUAAGUACAUAUCUCUGCACUUACAUACCACAGUAUAAUGGUUUCACAUAAAUGAACAGGUACAGGAAAACUGAGAAGACUGACAAGUCUUUUUUUUGUUUAUCCUAACCCAUGAAAAAAAACAGUGUGUAAAAAAGGCUAAGUUAAUUCUUCAUUAAGCAAUAAACCAUUUCUCUGGGAUUUGGUGGCGUAAAUCAACUUGUCACAAAAACUAAAACAAUGAUAACAUUUUGGUUAAAGGAUAAGAUACAAAUCUGUGAACAUACUUUAAAAGGAGACUCCGGGCACCAAUGCAGCUUUAACGCAUCUGGUUUUAGUCUCAUUAAUAUGCUGGGUUUUUUUUUGCAUGCUGACAUUUUUUUUUUUUUUUUUUCACACACAAAAAAAAAAAAGUUUAGCAGAAUGUUGCACCAAAGGUCUGCCUCUUUAACCCUGACCCCUCCUCAAAAAGACUUCCUUAUCAAAUGUUUGUACAAAGCUGAGCCACUGACUUUAUUAAAUGAUUUGAACUACAAAGUAAUCUGUGUACCCAGGAAUACCUAUAAUAUCACUACCUGGAGUAUAGUUUCUCUGAUUGUGUGCAGCCUGAUUGUGAAUCAAACCGCUCAGCUCACUCAGUGCAGUCAGUGGCUGAACUGUGUGCAUUUAUUUGAUAAUGAAAUAUUUCUGGCAUUUUGUAUAAAAACUAUAAAGGUCUGAACAUGCAAAAAAUCCAGUAUGUUAAUGAGGCCAAAACCAAAUUCAUUAAAAUUCUAUUAUUGCCUGGAGUGUCUUUUUCGUCAUUAUUUUUUUUUGUGUAGUUUAUUCUUUAACUAAACUAUUAACAAUGUUCAGUUAUACCAGUGUUUCUGAAUAUACAUUUAUAGAAUGAAAGAAAAUUUGCUUUGCCAAAGUCCAUCGGAAGAAUGGGUAUUAUCUUAUUAAAAAGGGACUAUUUUUAAAUAGUACAAAAGUUAAUGCAGAUAAAUUUCUCUGGUGGUAUAAUUGACACUGCCCCCACCCCACCAACCUUAUUUUGGGCUUAACCAAGGAUAAACUAUGUACAGAAAAGCUUUAUUCAGAUGAUAUUUAAAAAAAAAAAAAAAAAAAAACUUCAGACGCACUCCUUAUUAACUACUAGAGGUAUGUAUACCACAACCAUAACCAUCACAAUAUAGUAUUAUAUCUUUACCUCUUAAGGCAUCAUCACAUAGAAGGCCUGUUCCAGAACAAGUUCACAUACUUGCUGUUAUAGUCAGGCUAAAGGUUGUUCCUGAGCUCUGGUGUCUAAGCUGGGUUGGGUAUUCCUGUAAUUGUGCAUAGGAUAAAAUAGGAAGUUAUGCUGCUGUUUUUUUUUUGUUUUUUGUUUGGCUCAACAGGGGGCCAUUAAUUCAUUUAAAGCCUGUUCUAUCCAAGAAUAUGUUGAUUUCACUAGUGGUUCAUAUCAGCAGAAGAAUUAGCUUAGUCCUUUUUUUUCCUUUCUUUUUUUCCACUGCUACACUGCCUUAAUAAUACUGUAUGGUUACAUUUAGGAGGUCGCUAGUAUCACAUAGUAACGAACUUGAGUCUACAACAGAAUGCAGGGUUCUAUUAGACUAUUAGAUGUUACUAGGGCAUUUAAACAUCUACUUUGAGUGUAUGUUGCUUAUUGUAUCUUUCCAUGUUGGCACAACUAUAACUGCACCUAUGUGAACUUGUUGUAGAAUAGGCCUUUAGUUUGAUGAUGCCAAGGUGACGUGUAAUGCUGUAUUAUGAUUGUUAGGAUUGUGGUAUACUUGCCUCUAGAAGUUAAUAUGGAGUGCGGUCUUAAGUUUGAAAAUUGCACAAAACACUUGAACGCUUUUAAAAUCUCAUCUUAAUAACGUUUUUAUGUGCAUAGUUUAUCAUUUUUUAAUUUUUUUUUUUUUUUUUCCUUAUACUAAAAUAACUUUGUGUCUAUUAGUCCCUUCCUUCUUUUGGAAAAUAAAAAAAUUAAUAGGUGAUUGUCCUUUUUAAAUGUUCACUUACAUUUAACUACAAUUAAGAUUUUUAUUUUAUAGUUGAAUUGAUUUUGCUCAGAAUGUACUUAAAGGAACACUAUCGGGUCAGGAACACAAACAUGUAUUCCUAAUAGUGUUAAUACCACCAUCUAGCCUGCCCUGCUCCCCUCCCCCUCUUCCUUGUCCCCCUAAAUAUAGUAAUAUCUUACUUUUAUUCAAGUCUGCAGCUGCUGCCUCUCCCCCUGAUCUGCCUGCUUGGAUGACAUCAUCAGAAGUGUUGUUCUGAGCAAAUCACAAUGCUUUCCCAUAGGAUUGGCUAAGACUUUCAAGGAGGCAGUUCAGUGUCAGAGCCAAACACAGCCCUGACCAAUCGGCAUCUCCUCAUAGAGAUGUAUUGAAUCAGUGCAUCUCUAUGAGCAAAGUUCAUUGUCUGCAUGCAGAGGGUGGAGACACUGAAUGACAGGAAGCACCUCGAGUGGCCAGUGGAGUUAUCCCUAGGCUGUAAGGUAAAUAAUGAAAUUUGUUUGGGAAAAAACAUGUUUACAGCAUAAAGCUUAAAGGGAAUGAUUAUACACACCAGAACAAAUGCAAUAUGCUGUAGUUGUUUUGGUGACUAUAGUGUCCCUUUAACCUAGAUAAAGCUAAAAAAACAAGCAUUCAAGUUAAAUACAUUUAAGGGGCACUUUAGUCACCAGAACAACUACAGCUCAUUUGUAGUUGUUCUGGUGAGUAUAGACAGUCUCUGCAGGCAUUUUCGUGCAAACACUGUCUUUUCAGAAGAAAAAAGGGCAGUGUUUACAUUAAAGCUUAGGGACACCUCUAGUGGCCACUCCUUAGAUGGCCUUUGAAGUUGCUUCCUGGGGCAGUGCUGCACAGUGUGCCAUUCAACGUCUACAUGAACUAAACUUUCCUCAUAGAGAUGCAUUGUUUCAAGCCAUAUAAAUGGUGGUUUUAACAUUAUAGGGUCAGGAAUACAUGUUUGUGUUCCUGACCCUAUAGUGUUCCUUUAAUAUUGUUAAGGCAUUAAGUAUUAUACUAAACUAAAAGUUAUUUUUAUUCCAUGUGUUUGCAGCAACAGCCGAAGAAAAAGAACAUGUCUGCAUAUCAAGUCUUCUCUAAGGAGUAUCGAGGCAGUAUCAUUGCAGAUCACCCUGGGAUCGGUGAGAAUACACCCAUUCACUCUAUUAUAAAUUAAAUAAAAUGUAUGGCUCACUUAAGCUCUUAAAAAGAAGAAAAAUCCUGUGGCAAAAACCCUUAUCCCUCCUGUGUGAGGGACCCAGAGAUAGUCACCCAUCUGCUAAAGUUGAUGGAACAUUUUAAUCUGUGUGGCUGGACUUCAGCUGAGACCUGUUCUAGCCAAGAAUAUGUUCGUUUCUCCAGUGGGUCAGAUCUGCAGAAAAGGGAGCCAUCUUGUUUUAUUUCUAUUUUUUGUUUUAUACUGCCUUACCACAAUGCUGUAUGAUUACAUUUAGGAUGUCACAUAGUAACUGACUGGCGUCUACAACAUAAUGCAUGGCUAACUAUUCGAUGUCUCUAGUGCAUUAAAACAUCUAAAUUGAGUAUGUACAUUAUUGCGUAUGUACAUUGUCAUUGUGUGGUGGAGUCAAGAUUGCUCCAAAGCUCUCAGGAAAUGAGCAUGGUUCUUCAUUGGCCAUUCUUUAUUCUGUAGAGACAUUUGGCUUUUCCUACAUCAGUAGACCGAAUACAGAAGAAUGCUAGCGCCCAGCAGACCCAGGAAAGUUGUUAAACUGUACUAAAAUGGUUUGACAUCCUACAAUAGGACAGAGCCAGGAUACUCUUAGGACAGUGCUCGGCACCAUAACUACUACAUUGGGUUGUAGUGUUUAUGGUGCUUGGCAUUUCCUUUUAAAAAGAUACUUCUUGGAGACAAGUGAUGUUGUGAUGGUUCCUGGUACUAUGAAAGGAUAAAUAGCACAACACGACAGAAUCUAGAUAUCAAUCUGGGGACCAGUCCUUCUGUUCCUGAUACAAAGCUGAAAAGUUCUGGAAAUGUUAUCAGGAUUAAGUUGUACUGUCCUGAAAAGAUAAGAUCCUGAAAAUAAAUGGCCUCCCCCUUUCCCUGAUCACUUUCAGCUUAUCGUUGCAGUCCAAAGUUGGACAGAUUUACACUUGACAAUGCCCUUGUGCAGCUGCACUCAUACAUAUUUGCUGUAUGAGUGCAGCUGCAGAAAAGGUUGUUUCUGCUGUAAAAUAUAUUGAUUUGUGACUACAUGAGGCUUGGCUGGAUGGGCCAACUGAGUUGUUGGAAAUUAAGAGCGUUGUUAAUGGAUGUACAUGAAUCAUACUGUGAUAGGAGGUUCCCUGAAAGUGAUGCCUGAGUAUUUCUAGACUUGGUGAGCCAUUUAUAAUGAACCCUAUAUUUCAUGUAUGUGCUUUUUGUUUUUGUUUCAUUAGACUUUGGUGAGCUCAGCAAGAAACUAGCUGAGGUGUGGAAGCAGCUUCCAGAAAAGGACAAGCUUGUAAGUUUGUGAUCCCUAACCUUUUUCUUGUCAGAAUGGCCAAAAUAGCUUUGAUAUUACAAAAAAUUUUUUUUUCCUCUUGUGAUUUAAUGAAAGACAACAAAGCAUGAGGAACCUUCGUUUAACCCUUUAAGGACACAUGACGUGUGACACGUCAUGAUUCCAUUUUAUUCCAGAAGUUUGGUCCUUAAGGGGUUAAAGAACAUCCCCUCCUAAAUACCUGGGGGGCAAUAUUUCAGGUUUAGAAUAGGGUCAUCUAAAGCAUUUGAUUUCUACAUCACUUUCCUUGUCCUGAUUGAAUAUAGUAGUGUUUAUACUUCUUAAAAUGUCUCCUUUAAGCCUUGGCUCACCCUCUUAUACAAGGAAACCUUUUUGAUUCAGUAGGCCCAGAUGGAUUGCCUCGGCAUGUCUGUUACCAAAACAUGCUCUGAAGAUCACUCUGUUCACAAGCAUAUUUCCGCUGCGCUUGCACCCUUACUGCACUUUUACUCCAUACACUAUCUGUCAUUUAAAUUUUAAAGAAAUGUGAACUGUAAUGAUUAUUGAUUUUGAUGUCUUUUGUAGGUUUGGAAACAAAAAGCACAAUAUCUCCAGCAUAAGCAAAAUAAAGCAGAGGCUACCACUGUGAAACGCAAAUCAAGCUCCUCUGACGCCACUCCAAAGAGCAAAGGUAAGACGUCUGAAUUUCUAUCUAGGCAAAUAUUCUUUUUUGUUCUUUCUUUAAUUUUCCUGUGAACUUACCUUUCUUUAAGAGCACCCUUCACUAAAACUGCAUUUCCUUUUAUAAUAUAUGUAUUAAUGUCUGUUUCUCCCCUUUUCUCAUUUCCAGGCUCCUCUUCGAGUCUUACUUCUCCUCAUAAGAAAUCCCCAAGUAGUGUUUUAUCCUUCUCUUCUUCACCAGCCAAAGUCCCAGACACAGAACCCAUUGAUGUAGCAGCCCAUCUUCAGCUCCUGGGAGAAUCCUUGAGCUUGAUAGGUCAUCGGCUACAGGAGACUGAAGUAAGCACAUGUAUCUUGACAACAUAUUCCACACAAAAAAGUGCUUUGAUGAGCUUUUCCAAAUCCUCUGAAGAAUACUAUUGGUGAACAGUUAAUUUUGCUGCCACCUUAAGAACUUUACUCACAAACACAAGCUAUUAAAUCAUCUCAGCUAGACAUAAACUAUGUGGACCAAAGUAUUGGGAUACCUGGCCAUUACACCAACAGCGAUUUUUAUGACAUCGCAUUCUAAAUACAGACAUUAAUAUGUACUUAGUCCUACCCCUUUUUGCAGCUAUAACAGAUUCCACCCUUCUGGGAAAUCUUUCCACUAUGUUUUGGAGUGUUUCUGUUUUGGUUCCCAAUGUCUGUUCCUGUUCAUCCCAAAGAUGUUCGAGGUCGGGGCCCUGUGCAGGCCAGUCAAGUUAUCCAAUCAUGUCUUUAUGUGCCUUGCUUUGUGCACUGGGGCUCCGUCAUGCUGGAAUAGUAUAUGGCCUUUUCCAAAGUAUUCCCACAAAGUAGGAAGCACAGCAUUGUCCAAAAUGAUUUGGUAUGCUGAAGCAUUAGGAAUUCCCUUCACUGAAACUAAAGUGCCUAGCCGAACCCCUGAAAAACAGCUCCAUACCAUUAUCCCUCUUCCACCAAACUUUACAGUUAUCAUAAUGCAGUUAGACAGGUAAAUUUCUCCUGGCAUCUGCCAAACCCAGACUCGCCCAUCAGACUGGCAAACAGAGAAGUGUGAUUUGUCAUUUUCCACUGCUCCAGAGUCCAGUGGCACUGUGCUUUACACCACCUGAUCGAAGCUUGGCAUUGUAUUUGGUGAUGUAAGACUUGCUUGCAGCUGCUCGGCCUUGGAAAUCUGUUCCAUAAAGCUACUGCUGUACAGUUUUUGUGCUAGUAUUCAUGCCAAUGGAAAUUUGGAACUCUUCAGCUAUGGAAUCACCAGAGCAUUGGCAACUUUUACACACCAUGAACCUCAGCACUCCGUGACCCUGCUCUUUUGAAUGUGGAAUAUCUAGCAGGAAUGAAAUUUCACAAACUGACUAGUUGCAUUGAAUUGCUUGAAUUCGCUGGGUUCUUCAGAACGACCCUUUUUUUUUUUUUAAAUUUUUUUUUUUUUUUUACACAAAUGUUUGUAAAUGCAGACUGCAUGGCUAGGUGUUUUAUUGUAUACACCUGUGGCAAUAGGUCUGAAUAGGUGUUUCACAAUACUUUUGUCAAUAUAGUGUAUUUUACUGUUUUUUGGCUUGGAAUAAAGGAGAGGGUUUUUUAAUUUGUACCUGUUACUUAAUAAUAUGUAUUUGGGUUCUGAAAAUUACAUUAACGGUAGAAAGCCACACCACCAUGUUCACAUCUUUCCUGAAACUGGGGCCUCCAUCCUUGUUUUGUUUUCCAUUAUUGUUAUAAGCUUUGCACCUGUUGAUCAGCACAGAAAGAAGAGGAGAAACAGAAACAAUUUAUUUUCCUCCUCAUCCAAUCAGUGUGAAAAUGUUUUCCAUACUUUUAUUUUUCUGGCUAUUCUGCAUGGCAGCAUCAUGCUUAUGAGCAAACCUCCUUCCCAUAAGUGAUGCUGCCAUGUUUAGCCAGCAACGGUAUUUUCAAGGUGAUUGAUAAAUAAUCCUUAAUACAUUGCUGUAUGAUUUACGACUUUGUACUUACUGUGAUUUGCUAUUUUGUGUUCAUGAUAUGUCCUCAAUGUCUUCUUUGCAGGGCAUGGUUGCUGUGUCUGGCAGUUUAUCUGUCCUUCUGGAUUCCAUCCUUUGUGCUCUUGGACCAUUAGUUUGUCUUACUAGCCAUGUUCCCCAGCUGAAUGCUUGCCCUAAGCCGGUUCUGGUAAGUGUUUGAUAAAAAAUUUAACUUUCUGCUGCAAUUAAUUGUGAAUGUUUAGGGCAUUUAAAUUUUGAUGUAUAAUAAAGGUCCCUCUCAAUGAAGUUGUUAUGGUACCACUACCUGGAGUCUUCUGGCACCCUUGAUCCUUUUAGUGGUAAACUUUUCUCAAGCAGUUUAACACUGUAUCCCUAGGUGUCAGUCUCUCCAUCUCCUGUUCUGCGCAGAGCUAAUGCAGAAGCAUUAGUGUAAGAAGUGAGGGGGAGGGAAUUAUAGCCGGCUGCGUAUGGUAAAUAAUAUACUGUACAUAUACUUUUAGUUUUUCCUUGCCUGCAAAUGCUAGUGCUUCUGGAGCAGAACAGGAGAGGGAGAGACCGGCACCUGAGGACACAUCUUAUGUUUAAAACUGAAAGAUGGCACUGGUGGAACCCAGACACUAUAGCAAUUUCAUUGGUUAAGCUGCCCACAGAACCCUUAACUAUUUGCUGAGUGGAUUCACUUACUUCCUAAUCUCUGUAGUCUUUAAUGCACAAAGCUGUAAAUUCUUGGAAUAUUUGGCAAACAGAACUGCAAGGAGUAGAAUGUUUGAAUGUUUUCUGACCUUUUUUUUUUUUUUAAAUUUAUUUUGUUUUACAUAUACCGCAUUUUAGUUAAAAAAUUACUUUUAUUGUCAACGUAAUGGUUUCAAUGUCUAUAAAAACUAAAAUGUGUGCGGUUUCUUGUAUUUUUGUUUCCUUAGUCAAACACUCUGGACAACAUUGCUUAUGUAAUGCCUGGUUUGUGACCUUCAACAUCUAAUAGAAGAUUGUUGGAAUCUGGGACAUGGGACGCUAUUUGUUUUUAUUGUUGUAUAGUUCUGUAAUAUAUGUACACACAAAGUCAGAAGUAUUUUAUGCAGUCUUGUAAAUAUUAUUGUACCUUUUUUAGAUCAGACAGAAACAUGCAUAGGCUGGUUUACAUGUCAAGAGACAUUCCUGGCCCUUGAUGGACACAUUUUUUUUUAAAUUUAAAAUAAAAAUGCAACUCUCUUUUAGGGUGAUUUAUAUCACUGGAGAGUUUAUGGUGUACAAACCCCCCCCCCAAAUAUUUUCCACUACUUUGCAUGGUCUUACCUUUUGUAGGGAAAGCAUUUUAAAACAAAAAACUUAAAAUAACUUUUUUAUAUACUUAACGGGCACAUAAGUGGCACCAAGCACAUACCACUUUCUUCUAGAAAGUUUCAAAAUGUAAACGAGCUAAUGGUAAAGUAUUAUAUAAAAUAAUAAUAAUAAUUUGUUGCCAGCAGAAUGUGCGGUUUAAAAUUAUAAAGUUUGAACAGUCUGUUAGCUGCUGUUAUUCCAUUCAGUGAAGCUGGUUUAUGCUUAAACCUGCAAUGACUAUCAUAUUAUGUGCACUAUUCUCAUCACAUCCUGUGUGCCAGCACUGUGCAAACUAUUCCUACGUUAUGACCUUUUGAUCACGUGGUGGCAAUUGGAAAUAAUGAGGGUUUUAAACAAUGCUUGGUCAGUAAGGACAUUUAAUAUUAUGGCCACUGUAGUCCUUACUAAAAAGCAACAAUACAGUGUUAUGUGUAAGCACACUGUAUUUAUAUUGGUGUCUAAUAUUUUUUUUUUCUUUUUCUUUUUAAUUUUAUAUGUCAUUGUCAAAUGUCCUUGCUAUUGUUUAAAAUAAAUAAAUAAAUGCAUUUUUAGAUUUCUGUA